AACAAUUCAACGAUGGAUGUUGUCAAGGCCGUACAGGGCUAUCUGACCAAGAUGACCAUGGAAGUAUCUGGUAUGAAGGUUCUUUUACUAGACAAGGAAACGAUGCCAAUUAUCUCUGUUGUUGUUACCCAGUCGCAGUUGCUUUCGCGUGAAAUUUAUCUCAUUGAUCGGAUAGAGAACCGUACCAGGGAGAAGAUGAAGCAUCUUAAAUGUGUCAUGUUUCUGCGCUCAUCUGCAAAUUCCGUGCAGUGCUUGAUUGAAGAACUUCGAGAUCCAUGUUAUGGUGACUAUUAUUUAUAUUUCUCCAAUUCGCUUCAAAAAUCCGUGAUUGAGCGACUGGCAGAAGCAGAUACACACGAAGUGGUUCGUGAGGUUCAGGAAUACUAUGCCGACUUUUUAGCAAUCAGCUCUGAUUUUUUUUCUUUGAACGUCACUGGACCAGACUACUCGUUGUUUGUAGAAAACUCUUCGUCAUGGGAUCCCACUUCACUUUCUCGAACAACAGAAGGAUUGGCAUCUAUUCUGCUGGCUCUGAAAAAAAAGCCUUUGAUUAGAUAUGAGAGGAACUCGGCGCUUGCUCGAAAGCUUGCUGCUGAACUAACUUACACAAUUCAAAACGAAGGGCCAUUGUUUGAUUUUCGUCGUCCAGAUACCCCGCCUAUUUUGCUCAUUGUUGAUAGAAGAAACGACCCAAUAACUCCUUUACUAUGCCAAUGGACUUAUCAAGCUCUUGUUCACGAGUUGCUAGGCAUCACUAAUGGUCGUGUAGAUCUCACAGACGUUCCAGAUAUUCGUCCCGAAAUGAGAGAAAUUGUUCUUUCCCAAGAGCAUGAUCCUUUUUACAGCAAAAACAUGUACCUCAAUUUGGGAGAUCUUGGCGCCAACAUUAAAAACUAUGUGGAUGAUUUUCAGCAAAAGCACAAUUCAACCAAAAACAUCGAGUCGAUUUCUGACAUGAAGAAAUUUGUCGAGGAUUAUCCCGAGUUUCGUAAACUAUCUGGAAAUGUAUCAAAGCAUGUUACACUUGUCAGUGAGUUGACGAAACGGGUUGGUAGAAAGAAGUUGUUGGAAGCAAGUGAGUUGGAGCAAAGUUUAGCAUGUACAGAAAAUCAUUCUGCAGAUCUCAAGACGCUACAAUCCAUAAUCAAUGAUGGCACAAUCGAGGAAGAUGUAAAACUGCGACUUGUUAUGCUUUAUGCGCUUAGGUAUGAAAAGUUUCCCAAUAAUGCUCUUUCUACAUUGACCAAUCUAUUGCGCAAUAGUGGUGUGAGUGACAAAAAAAUAAUGUGCAUUCCUGGAAUUCUACAGUUUGCUUGUAGCGACCAGCGACUGGAAGAUUUACUUUCAAACAGCGAUAUUCUUUCUCGCACUAAAAACGUGUUUAAAGGACUAAAGGGAGUUGAAAAUGUCUACACUCAACACACACCGCAGAUUGUAAAUACUCUCUCUGAUGCCAUCAAGGGAAAACUCAAAGACCAAAAUUAUCCUUUUCAUGAAGGGUACACACGAGACAAACCUCAAGAUAUGAUUGUGUUUUUUAUUGGCGGUUCUACAUACGCCGAAGCUCGUGAAAUCGCAAAGUUGAAUGCAGCUAAUCCCGGCGUGCGCAUUAUUCUUGGUGGAACCAGUAUCCAUAACUCCAAAAGUUUUGUUGGUGAGGUGAUGGACUCUGUCAACUCCUGGUCUGCUUCCGGUAAGGACACUGACAAAGAUUCCCCGCCAUUCCAAGGCACAAAUGUACAGCGAACAGCUCGAGUGGUUUGAGUUGGUUGAUCAGUUUUUCCUAUUUAUCCAUUCACUCAUUUCCGAGGCUCCAUAUUGUGGAUUUUACUUUUUCAGUUUUUAAAUAUAAUCUUGUGAUGUUCACUUAUUCUGAC